AUGACGCGUGGCAAGGAAGGAGAGCACCUGCAGGUCGAUCGAACCUGCACAGCCACCAGCAGGUCGAUCGAACCUGCACAGCCGCCAGCAGGUCGAUCGAACCUGCACUGGCAGCUGCAGGUCGAUCAAACCAACACAGCCGCCAGCAGGUCGAUCGAACCUGUACUGCCAGCAGUAGGUCGAUCGUACCUGCACUGCAAGCUGGUCGAUCGAUCCUGCACUGCAAGCUGCAGGUCGAUCGAACCUGCACUGCCAGCUGCAGGUCGAUCGAACCUGCACUGCCAGCUGCAGGUCGAUCGAACCUGCACUGCAAGCUGCAGGUCGAUUGAACUCAUCACUGCAGUUGCAUCAGAGAUCGAUCGAGUAUGGGCCGAGCUGUAG